CCAAGGGGUGUGGCCCUCAGUGGGUAGAAACGGUUGGAGUUGGUUGGAAAACUGACAACAGGAUCCGAAAGAAGUGUGUUAGAUACUCUAAAAGACACACUCAAAUGACCUCAUUAACCUCCUACUGUACUUGAAAUGACCAUGUCAAGAAAACCCCUCGGCGUCCCUUCUCCCACCUCACCAUGGCAGCACUGCAAUAAACACCUCCAUUCUCGAUGAAGGGAUGGUGGAUGGAUUAUUUACCCCUAUCUCUUCCUUCGAAAAAAUAAGCUUCUCAGGAACACCAUCUUUUUCAGUGAGUUGGAUGGGAUUCAAAAUAGACGAAGAAGAAGCUUCCACUACUAGCAGGAAUCUCAAAGUUUCACUCCUCCUUCACCCAUUAUUAAUACCUGUCCUUCAUGUUCCUCACUGCAACUGCUCCUUCUGCUCGAUUUAGCCAACGCUGAGAGGAUGAGUGCUUCCUAGAUCUAGAGAGGCUGUCUGUAUGUGCGUCUCUUCCGGUCCACUUUGGUUAUCAUACCAUUAAUGGAGGAGUCCCUUCCUCCAGGGUUUAGAUUCCACCCCACCGAUGAAGAGCUCAUCACCUACUAUCUGACCCGGAAGGUGACGGAGUUCAGCUUCGCCACCAGAGCCAUCGCUGAUGUCGACAUCAACAAGUGCGAGCCUUGGGACCUACCGGGGAAGGCCAGCAUGGGGGAGAAAGAGUGGUACUUCUUCAGUAUGAAAGAUCGCAAGUAUCCGACGGGGCUGCGGACCAACCGAGCCACCGACGCCGGUUACUGGAAGACGACGGGGAAAGACAAGGAGAUCUUCCACUGUGGGGUCGUGGUGGGCAUGAAGAAGACGUUGGUGUUCUACAAGGGAAGGGCUCCCAGGGGCGAGAAGACGAGUUGGGUGAUGCAUGAGUACAGGCUGCAAACCAGGUUCCCCUACGAACCCACCAAGGAGGAAUGGGUUGUGUGCAGGGUCUUCAGGAAGAGCCCCACCGGAAAGAAGCCGCAACCAGACUCCCCCGCCAUGCCUGCAUCGCUCGAGUCACCGGGGGAACUCGACGUAUCGGUGCUAAACAAACUGGUUGGUUCAUCGGGCUUUGACAGGUUGCAAACAGAUUACAGCCUCUGCAACAGCAACAGCAGCGGCAGGCUCGACAUGAACUGGUUCUUGGCUAGAGCAGCAGCGGCUGGCCAGGCUUCGCUGCCAUGGGCGUCAGGCUUGCUGGCUUCAGGAUUGGCACCAUCUCCGGCAAUUCCCAAGGGAUUGUCUUUUAAUGGUCAACAGCAACCAGAAGGCGUCGUCGACGUGGCCGGUCUAACCUCCUUUGUGGCACAAGGAGAUGCUCUGUUUGGGAAUGACUUGAAAUCGAGCUUCCCUACUGCCUCUUCGUCUAUAGGUGUGGAGUGUGCACAACAGCAACAAGAACAACCACCACCACCACAACAACAGCAAACACAGUCAUUCAACCAGGAAUCAAUUUGGAGCAGCUACUGAAAAUAAUUCAAUCUCAACCUUGCAU